GGCACGAUUUCCCAUAUUGAAGAUUGCUUCAGGCUAUCCUUUAAAUACACAAGUCAAUAUAGUCGUUGCAUGUUGUAUCCUACAUAAUCAUAUUAUCAAUGAAAAACGUGAUCAAAAGCUUGAUUUUGAAAAUAACAAUGAUAUCGAUAAUGGUGAAGAUGAAAGUGAGAUGCAUGAAGAUGAAGGUAAUGAGAGUAGUGAAGAGGAGAAUGAAUGCGACUUCCGAAAUGAAUCUGCGGCUGCUAGGAGGGAAAAACAAAGAUGGAGGGAAUUUCGACUUGGACUUACGUCGGCUAUGUGGGAAUCAUAUAAGUCAGAACAAAACAUCAAUUAGUUAUAUAUAUAUUUAGAAUGUGGAUGCUGAUAGAAAGAUUAUUGCAAUUUAUAAUAUUUCUACAUCUAUUUGCAAUUUAUAUUAUAUUUCUAUAUCUUAUGUGGCUUUACAUGUUUGUAAUGUUUAAAUGUAUAAUGUUUUAAGGUAUGUCACGAAAUGCAAAGGCAAGCAGAAGUGGCCGAAAGGCACAAAUUAAUUGGACAUCAUACAUGGAUGAAUGUAUAGCAAACGCCUUAGUUGAGGAAGUAUCGCUGAGAAAAAAAUAUGACAACGCUUUUCGAGAAGCUAGUAUGAAUAAAGUAGCAAAAAUUGUGAUGGAGACAUUUUCUGUGCAAGUGGAUGGAGAAAAGUGCAGGAAUCGGUUACGAACACUUAAAAAGAAAUAUAACUUGGCAAAGCUUGCACAUAGCAAAAGUGGUUUCGGUUGGGAUGAAGAAAGAAAUUGUGUUACCGCUGAACCAGACGUUUGGGAUGAAUUCAUCAAGGCAAAACCUGAAGCUAUUCAUAUCAGAAACAAGUCAUUCCCACUGCUAGCUCAGUUUGAUAUUAUAUGUGGGGACGAUUCUACUACCGGGAACGCAGCACGAACUACAUCCGAUCUUGAGGAAGAAGUCCUCCAUUCAUCUCAUUACAUGGAUGACAUCCCAUUGUCCUCAUACCCCUCUGGAUCAUAUACACCAUUUGCACCACCCGAUGAUGUAUAUUCCGACGGAACACAAGGUCAAUAUCAAUAUGGCGAAGGAAGCGGUCAAAGGGAUGUGAGAAACUCUGCUCCAAGGCCAUUAAAGAAGAAGAAGAAUGCCUCUAUUGCAUCAAAUGUUAUUGAAAAGUUUGAACGCAUGCAGGAAACAAUGGAUGAAUAUGUUUCAUUCAAAACUAAAACAGCAGGAAGACUAUGGGAUGAGUUGGAGAAUAUGACAACCAUUGAUUCUGACAUGAUGUAUAGGGCCUACACAUUCCUUGCAGAAAGACUGCAUUUUGCUUCUACAUUCCUAGAUCAUGUAAGUCCUAUUCAAAGGAAUGAAUGGUUGGAGAGGAUGAUUCCCUAGUAAAAAAUUUUAAAUGUAAUUUCUAUAGUUAAAGAAGACAUUGGUAAUGUUAUUUAAUUAUUAGAUUUUCUAUUAAUAUUUUUAAGUUUAUUCUCAAUGCUUAAAUUGAGUUAUUACUCCAUAUUAUAGAUAUUAUGAAUUCGUGGGCCCACGUUUAUAGCCCACUUGAUGAUUGGUUUAGCUUAAUAAUUAUCUCAAAUAUUCAUCUUGAUGGGCUUAACAAAAUAACAUAUUUGAUCAUAUGUUUUUUUUAUAUGAUUAUAACAUUUUAAAAUGAUUCCCCAAUCUAAGCUCUGCUCGGUGUGAAUAUACAGCUUUCUACCUGUAAGUAACUUACAGGCUAUCCAAAUAGAAAAACUAACUUACCUGUAAGUGACUUACAACUUACAUCCAAACAGGUUACCUGUAAGUAACUUUCACCUGUAAGUGACUUACAGGUAAGUCACUUACAACUUAAAAGAACUUACAAGCAUCCAAACAGGCCCUAAGGGC